AUGCACUUCCAAUCGCGCGUGUUUACAACCACCGUUCACGAACUUCUUUUCGCCGACGACUGCGACCUGAACAUCACCUUAGAAGAGGAGAUGCAACGGAGCAUGGACCUGUUCUCCGCCGCCUGCGAGAACUUCGGUCUGGUCAGUAACACGCAGAAGUCGGUGGUCAUGCAUCAACCGCCAUCCAACACCACCACUCCCCCGAGCGCCGCAAAUCAGCUUGAAUGGAACCCAACUGCAAGCGAUGGAGAACUUCCCAUACCUGGGCAGUACCCUCUCCCGCAGCACCAAGAUCGAUAACGAAGUCGCCAACAGGAUCUCGAAAACCAGUCAAGCCUUCGGCCGCCUCCAAAGCACAGUUUGGAAUCGUCACGGUCUCCAACUGAGCACGAAGCUAAAGAUGUACAAGGCCGUCAUACUGCCGACGCUGCUGUACGGAGCGGAGACUUGGAUAGUGUACACAAAGCAGGCACGCCGACUGAGCCACUUCCACCUCAGUUGUCUUCGUCGCACCCUGAGGCUGAGGUGGCAAGACCGAAUCCCGACACGGAUGUACUGGAACGGACGAGAAUCCUCAGCAUUUACGCCAUACUGAAACAAAUGCAGCUGCUUUGGAGCGGCCACCUCGUGCGCAUGGACGAUGAAUGGCUACCCAAACGACUCGUCUACGGAGACGUCGUCAUGGGUUCUCGCCGCCAAGGAGGCCAAAUUCAUAGAUACAGGGACACUCUGAAGUCUUAUCUGAAGCGCCUGAAAAUUAACCAGGCCAACUGGGAAGAGCUCGCCCGCGAUCUUCUGAAAUGGAGGACAACAGUGAAGAUGGGCGCUGCUAUCUACGAAGCCAACCGCAUCGCCGCCGCCAAAGUCAAGCGUGAAGCACGCAAAUCACAACUGCGUUUCUUUUGUGUCAACGGACAUUCCGGGCAUGAAUUGGGCUUAUUGGACACCUUGAGGAAGGAAACACGAUCGCCGGGACAAGAGCUUUAUUAG